AUGAUUGUCAAUCAAUCAAAUACAGUAUCAUCUUAUUCUGCAGAAGACAUAGAACGAAUCAUCGAUAGUUUCUAUUCCCCAACAUCUUCACUGUCAAGUGUACAACGUCAAGAGUUAAAUAAAGUUCUUGAAAAUCUGCAGUAUUCCUCCUCAGCAUGGACUUUUUCGUGGAAAUUAUUGGAUACUACCAAAUCUGCUAGUGUUCAAUUUUUUGGUGCAGUCGCUCUAUGUAAUAAAAUAUGCAAAAAUCUAUCAGAAUUAGACGAAAAUCAAAUUCAACAAUUAUUUCAACAAUUAACUCACUAUUUAAUUUUUCACGCUUCAAUAAACUACAAACAAAUCACCACCAAAUUAGCUAUUGGUCUAAGCCAUUUAAUUCUACAUAUGGCUCCUGAUAAGUGGGACAAUGGUCUCACCUCUAUCAUCGCUCUUUUCACUCAAUCUCGAAACGAAUUUUUAAUUCAACAUCCAGAGAGAGGACAUCUGAUUGCAUUAAAUAUGUUGACAUUACUUCCUGAAGAAUUUUCACGUUUGACUGUAUCCAAAUCGCGCCGUUCUUCCAUUCGAUUGGAACUUGAUAAAGAAUUUUCGACUGUUCUCAAUUAUCUACAAUUCAUUAUCUCCUCGUAUAGUCAACCGGAGAUUCUUAGUAAAGUAUUUACAUGUUUAGCAAAAUGGUUAGAGUUUGGCAUAUCAGUUCUCAAAGUCGAACCCUUCUUUGACUAUUUGUUCAACUCACUAAUGAACGAAAAUCUGUUCAACGAUGUGUCUGAAUGUUUAUCAGUUAUAUUCACAUCGCCGGAUGCAUUGAAAUAUCCAACAACAUUCGCACGACUUUUGCCAUAUGUUUUGCAGCUUGAAACAUUACUUGAUCAAUGUAUAACCGUCGGAAAUAAAGAAAAAGCCGAAUCGAUCACUAAGUUAAUUACACAGUUCGGUGAAAAUCUUCCUCAAUUGAUCGUACAAAAUGCUCAAUCGCACAAUUUUUGCCGAUUAAUCAUGAAAUGUACGUGUAUGAAUGGGCAAUAUCCCAUUGACGAAACUUGUUCGGAACUGACAUUCAAUUUCUGGCAUGCGUUGAAAGAAGAAAUCGCUUCAUCGGAAGAAAAUAACACAUCUUUAGAAUUGUUUCGACCAUACUUUGAACAUUUAAUCGAAAUAUUAAUCACUAAAGGACAAUUACCAGAGAAUGAAGAUGUAUUCUCAAGUGAAGAUAAAGAUGUAUUUCGAACCUAUCGAACCAGUAUCGCGGAUACAAUGAUGUCUAUGUACGAUAUACUUCAUAUUCGAGCAAUGGAAAUUUUAGGCAAUCAUCUAUUGAUCUCUGUCGAGCAGAGCCAAUCAUGGCAGCGACAAGAAUCGAUCGUAUAUCUAAUUGGAGCUGGUUCCGAAUAUAUGCAAGCGGAAGACAAUCCAGUGUUACCUCAUAUAUUCUCGUUGAUAUCAAAACUAAAUUUCUGUAACAAUCGAAUCAUUAAUACAACUCUAGCAGUUUUAGGACAAUAUAGUAGCUGGUUGGGUACUCAUCCUGAUAUAUUACAAAAUUGCGUGCAUUUAUGUUUCAAUGCGUUGUCAAAUCGUGAUUUGAUUCAAUCAGCCUCGAUUGCGUUGAAAGAAUUGAUUAAAGAAAAUCGUCUCUACAUAUCCAAGUAUUUGAAUGAUAUAUUUCCAAUUAUGAAGGAUGUUCUGGAAAGUGUUCAUGUUCAAUCUGAUGACCGCAUUCGAUGUGUAUGUAUCAUUGGUUAUAUUCUAUCAGCACAUCCAUCCAAAACUGUACUGGAGUAUUUCAAAAUUUUACUCGUGCCAGAAGUCAAUAAACUGAUAAAAUAUCUAUCAGAAACAGGAGAUCAUCAGAAAGAAAAUAUUUGCAUAACGUUGAAUUUCAUCUCCGUACUGAUCACAUCUUUUGGUUAUUAUGGUAAUCAAGUUGAUGAGGAAAAUAUGACGAAUAUAACCGAAGUGCUAUGCUGCAUUCUUCGUGAUCUCGAUUCGAUUUUUCAAAUGAUCCUCAAACAAUAUGGUGAUGAUGUUCAAAUUACUGAAAAAAUUUGUGAAAUACUUUCACGAUCAGUUACAAUCCUACGCGAAUCGAGCAGUUUGGUUUUGAACACUUUUCUUCAAUUACUGCAAAGCAUGGGACCAAAUAUAUUACAUUCGGAGUUUUUAAAUUUUGUUCGAAAUACAUUACUUCUCUUUUCAAAUAAUGCAGACAGUUCAGUUCAUCCGCUGUUUCUCGCUGUCACACAGAAAUUCGGAUGUCUGUUCAAUGAAGAAUGGUUAAGAAAUCAUGUGGAUACUGUUGAAGACGUGGCGAACUUCUUUGCACAGAUCAUCAAGAAACUCCCGGCCGUCGUUCAUCAUUGUCCUGAUGAAGCUUUUGUUCUUUUCAUUCAAUUCAUGAAACAUGGAAUACAAAUGCAUGAACAAGGAGUGUCGAGAAGUAUUUCGACACUUGCUUCCAACUUCAUUGAAUAUACCAAGUCCAAUCAACGAGCAGCUGAACUUCUGCAACAGCACGGUCUUGAAUUUGUUCGAAUUCUUCUUCAAUGCAUUGGAACAACGAGUCCUCGUCAUCUUAUCGAAAGUUUGUUCUUGCCAUUGUUCACCCUUUCGAAAACAUACAUUCAAUGGGCAACGCAAUGGGUUCAACAAUGUCUGAACGAUCCAAACUUUCCUUCAUCAUCAGCAAAACGUCACCAUCGUGAAGCAUUACUUAAGAUCUUAUCAUCAGAACGAACAAGUCGAUCAAGCUUCAAAGAUCAUAUCAAUAUAUUUGCAUCCGCUUGUCGAGAGCCCACAUUGAAUGACAAUCUUUCAUAG